CAUUUUUGCAAUGUGAUUGGCUGAUUCGGUUUGGGACGCGUGACGUCAUCGGGGGCGUACCUACCAAACUGGUUAGCUGUUGCUGUUCGUUUAGCUCUCUGCAGACUGACAUCCUCGUCAUAGAAACCCCAAAAUAACAUAAAAUAAGACAUGUCUGACUUCUCAGAAGACCAGAUCAUUGAGUUUAAGGAGGCCUUCCUGUUAUUUGACCGGACCGGUGACGGGAAAAUAACCUACAAUCAAUGUGGCGACGUGAUGCGAGCCUUGGGACAGAACCCGGUCAACGCAGAGGUGCUAAAAAUUCUUGGAAACCCCAAAAUGGAAGAGAUGAACAACAAGUUGCUGGAUUUUGAGCAAUUUCUUCCCAUGUUUCACGCCAUCGCCAAGAACAAGGACCAGGGCUCCUUUGAGGAUAUUGUGGAAGGCCUGCGUGUCUUUGACAAGGAGGGAAAUGGCACAGUGAUGGGAGCCGAGCUGCGUCACGUCCUCACCACUCUGGGUGAAAAGAUGACAGAAGAAGAAGUGGAGACACUUUUAGCAGGGCAUGAAGAUGCCAAUGGUUGCAUUAAUUAUGAAGAACUCGUCAGGGUGGUGAUGAGUGCUUAAGGACUUCAAACGCCUCCAUCUUUAAAUUUAUUCCUGAAUAUUUUCUGUGCCGUUUGUCUCGUCUUCAUUCUACCUCCAAGAUUGUUGUUUUGUUGCUGUUGAACCUUUUUUUUUUAUGUGCCUUUUCCUGUGUAAUGUGAAAACCUCAUAUUCCUAACUCCUGUUGCCGUUUGCAGGCACGAUCAGUGGUACAACUCCUCUUUUUGGUUUACCUUCAUCAUCUCUGGCAGCCAGUCUGUGUUGUUCUUUUCUUUUGGAUGGAUAUAAUAAUGUGACCUGUUGCAAUAAACAUAUGGAAUAAAAUGGUUUACAAAGUUUUAA